GAUUUUUUUUUCUGAUUCUGAUUCGACAUCAGAAAAACUUCGUCACUUUCAGCUGCUUAAUGAUAAAAGGAUUUCCAUCGGAUAAAAACAGUGAAAUCUCCGUAGUUUAACUCCGAAAAAGACUUCUCGGGAGCGCUACAGCGGCGGGGCUUACGAUGCCAGACACGGUGGAUGGCGGGGACAUUCCCAAAUCCAAACGACCUUCAGACUCUGCCUUCAAGCAGCAACGACUUCCGGCAUGGCAACCGGUGCUGACGGCUGGCACCGUGCUUCCAGCGUUUUUCGUCAUCGGAAUUGCUUUUAUCCCUGUUGGAGUGGCUUUGCUCUAUUUCUCUAAUGCUAUCACAGAGUUCGUGUACGAUUACACCCAGUGCGUCCAGCUGGGGUCCAUGAAUCACACCUGCGCGGAAGUGCUCACUGCCAAGGAGGCGGACGAGUGUGUAUGCAUGGUGAACUUCACGCUGGAAAAGGAUUUCCUCGGCAAGGUCUACAUGUACUACGGUUUGACCAACUAUUUCCAGAACCAUCGACGGUACGUAAAAUCGCGCGAUGACGAUCAGCUGCUGGGACGGCUGUCGAUGACUCCGUCCAGCGAUUGUGCCCCGUUUGCGUACGUCGAUGACGAUCCGAAUAGGCCUGUGGCUCCGUGCGGUGCAAUCGCAAACUCGCUGUUCAGCGACACGUUUGAACUGUCGUCGGAAAAGUACGGUCCGGUGCCGCUGCUCCGGACGGAGAUUGCCUGGCCGUCGGAUCGGAAGAUCAAGUUCCGGAAUCCGGAGGGUGACUUACAGGAAGCGUUGAAAGGAUUUUCGCGACCGAGAGACUGGAGGACUGAUCUGUGGAAUCUUGACCCGCAAAAUCCGGACAAUAAUGGUUUUCAGAACGAGGAUCUCAUCGUUUGGAUGCGAACGGCCGCUCUGCCCAGCUUCCGCAAGCUGCACCGCCGCAUCGAUCACAACAAAAAGUACUUCGAGAAUGGACUCGGAAAGGGCAACUACACGCUGAAGAUCAACUACUCUUACUCGGUGAGCGAAUUUGACGGUACCAAAAAGAUCAUCCUGUCGACCACCUCGCUGCUCGGAGGCAAGAAUCCGUUUCUCGGCUUCGCCUACAUCAUCGUCGGAAGUGUGUGCCUCCUGCUGGGCAUCGUCCUCCUGGUGAUCCAUAUCAAGUGUAGCAAAAACACUUCGGGUAUCAACAGCGUCAGUCAGCGUACGCAGUACACAUAGGAGUUACUGUCGUUGAACAGCUAAAUGGAGCAUUGCUGGUGUUGAAUUGUUUCUGCUUCGUGUUAGGUUUUCAUUUUUACGAGUAAGUUUCGUUGGGCGCCAUUAUGUGACAAUGGUAUUUUAACUCGCAUAGAACAUUAUUUUAAAUUGAUACAAAUGGGUGCUUAUUUAUCGAGAAAAAAAGUAGCAACGACAUUGAACUAGAUGCAGUAUUACUAUACGUUUUUUGUUAUAAUGCUUCAGAAAUUUGAAUGAUGUUGCUGAAGGCCAAAAUAGCUGUUCACCGUUCCAAAUCGAUCAAAAAUCCGAAAUAUUCAAGUUAUCACAACGGAUAUCGUAAAUCACAUGAGUAGUUUUGCAACUUUUGUUACUGCAUUUGCACAGUAUGGAGAAUACAAAAUCUGAAUAAAAUUAUAUUAAUGGAGAUCUCGUCGGUCGGAUUAAAUUAUGCUUGUUUCAGUUUUGACUAAUUUGUGAAUGUCAGUUUCUAAGAUUUUGUAUCCACCACUGUUUGUAUGCAGUGACCAAAUCAAUCAACCGUUAGAUGUUGUAAAAUGGCAUGAAAUAGCAGAGGAAUGCAUUCAAAUACACACUUGAUCCAGCACUAACCUACAGAUACAUAAAUAGAGAAUACAUAUAUCGUUGUUGGAAGUUUUUAGUGCAUCUAUCGGAGGUCUUUGUACCUUCGGUUCAGGUCAUAGAGAAAUAUUUUUGUCGACCAGCAUCACCAAAGCUGGCCACAGAUCGGUAGAUUUAAAUAGGAAGAAUCAUUUUACUCUAAAAAAAUAGUAUAAAAAAAUCAAUUUUUAUGCCCCUCUUUAACCGCACACACGAAUCCUUAAAAAUCACUCACACUUCUCAAAGUGGCCUUGGGCAGAGCGUUCCGAACACGACGUUGACUGCUGUAUAGCUGGAAAAGCUGACGGAUGGAAUCAUGCCAAAUACAGAAAAGAAGAAACAUAUUAUAAUAGAAGAACAGGUAUUAGGAACAGGAAUUUCACAUUCACAUGCUGCGAAAAUAAAUUUGUCAAAAAUAGAAAA